AUGCCAGGCAUUCCAACUGUAACAGCGGAAUCGGAAUGUUCGGAUAUCCAGUAUGGACACAAUCAUACUAUAACAUGCACCAUUUCGUCUGUUCCUGCAUACACGGAGGUGUACUGGGAACAUAUUACCAAUGAAACCACAACAAAUAUAACAUCUGAAAGUUUGGGUUUUGAUGGCAUUACACUAACUAGACCAUCUCUGAAAAUACUUAAAGCUAACGCCGCUGAUUCUGGAGAUUACAUAUGCAAUGCUUUGAAUUUAGCAGGCCAUGGAAGGAGCAAUUCUAUAAAACUCACAGUUUUGGGAAACGAAAGUUACCCCAUUGUCGGUAUAGAAUCGAACAUUUACAACGUCAGAUUUCUGGAUUCGGUAACAAUUAAGUGUUCUGUUCAGGAAAAUCAAAAAUACCCAGUUCAACAUGUUCAUUGGGAAAAUGUUAACAAUGGUGUUCUUACAACGAUUGAGUCUGGUUACAAGGGUAUAGCUGGAAGUACAACAACCACACCAUCUCUUACACUUGAAACAGUUACAACGUCUGAAUCAGGAAUGUAUUCAUGCUUUGCAACAAAUGAUAUUGGAACAGCAAAAAGUAAACCAAUAUAUGUUACUGUUAGUGGAGGAUUGCCAGUUGUAAACAUUCCAAAAAAAAGAUAUACGAUAUGGUACGGUCAAACAGUAACACUGACUUGUGAUAUAACAGCCGAUCCAUCCCUUAAAUUUAUCUAUUGGGAAAGAAUUACCAACGAAACAAGAACUGUGUUAAAUAGAGGAUCAAUUGGAAUAAUUGGUAUAACACCAAAUAAUCCUUCGCUUACUUUAAAAUAUAGUACUAAAGCUGAUACAGGUGUAUAUAGAUGUUUUGCAACAAACGAUGUUGGAACUGGUCGAAGUGAACCUUUAAGUUUACAAGUAAUUGGAGAGAAACCACACUUAAACACAUCCGUUAAUUUUUUGAUUGUACAAUUUGGAGAGAAAGCAACACUCAUGUGUUAUGUUUAUUCAAACCUCCCUAUAAAUAUUGUGUAUUGGGAGAAAGAUAUCAACGGCAUUAUUACAAAAAUCAACACUGGGGAUAUUGGUACCGAUGGCAUAUCUCUAAACAAUCCGUCGUUGACAGUACUCUACUCAACAAGUGUGGACUCUGGACUUUAUACAUGUUUCGCUGGUAAUGUAGUUGGAAAAGGCAACAGCUUGCCAAUUAACUUCACUGUAAUUGGUGGUUUACCAGUAGUCACUAUCGCAUCCUCCAAUUAUACUACUAUUUAUGGUCGAGAAAUCGUAAUUGAAUGUAACGUCACGGCUUAUCCACCUGUUACAUUGGUUUAUUAUCAAAGAAUCAUCAACAAUAGUGUGUCAACGCUAAAUGGGGGAGCUAUUAGAACAAAAGGCAUAAAUACUACAAUGCCAUCCUUGGUAUUAACAUUUCCAACGACGGAGGAUUCUGGAAUUUAUAUUUGCUUUGCAUCAAAUAAAGCAGGUACACAGAAAAGUUUACCAGCGACAUUGCUUGUUGAAGGAGAUAUUCCAGUUGUAACCAUUAGAUCGCUGCUCUAUAUUGCACACUUUGGUGAUUCCAUAACAUUAGAGUGCGAUAUCAGAGCAAUUCCACCACACACCACAGUUUUCUGGUAUAAGACUGUAAAUGCGGUUACAACAGUGAUUGAAAGUGGAUAUACAGGGACAUUUGGCAUUACUCUUAAAACUCCUUCGAUGACAAUUAUAUUUGCUACAUCAGCGGAAACAGGAAGAUAUUCGUGCCUUGCAAGUAAUGCAGCUGGAACUGGUAAAAGUCAGUCAACAUACUUAGAUGUUCAUGCAGAUAUUCCAGAGGUAGUUGUUCCAUCUGAAAUUUACACAACAGGAGUAGAUUACACCGUCACGCUUGUAUGCGUUGUUUUAGACGCAUCACCAGAAGUUAUAAAGGUCUAUUGGCAACGAUUUAUAAAUAAUGCAACAACUGUGAUUACGUAUGCUUCAGCAGGAGUUGAUGGGGUAACAGUUGAUAACCCGUCCUUGACCAUACGAUCAGCUAAGGAAUCUAUGUCUGGAGAAUACACAUGUUUUGCGAUCAAUUAUGUAGGAACUGGAAGCAGUUUUCCAACAUUUCUAAAAGGUGACAACUCAAGAACAAGCGGAAUGAAAACCGUAGAUCCCAAAGAUAUUGAGGUUUGGAACAAAGGAAAACUAUUAAAAGAGCAUCUUCGAAAAAUGAUUCAAUCUUAUAAAGAAAGACAUGAUAUUCCUGUACUUCAACUGGCCAAAUUUGAAAAUGAUAAGUCAUUAGAAUUAUAUUCACUGGAUGAACUUAAAGAAGCUUUCAAAACAAUAACGGGCAAAAACUUAAAUGAUUAUUUGUCCUUUGGAAAUGAGGGUCAUAGUUUAGAAUAUGCCCAGCAACUCAUGCAUUGGACUAUCACAUAUGCCAAUGAUUAUGACAAAAACAAAAGAAACGACACAUGUGGACCAUCAAAUUAA